GCAUAUGUAUCAGUAAAGGUCUUGUCGGCUGUGCCGUGUUCUCUGCAGGACUGAAGGGUAGCUGGACUUGUUGAUGUUGAGUUGGCGUUUUGGAUGAAGAGCCGAAGAGAGUCCAGACAUUAUAACGAAAAAGAAUUUAAACUCAAGUGCUGUUGAUAGAGUGCCAUGACUGUACGCAGAGUGAAUGUGGUUAUUCUUGUGCUGCUUGUCAUCGCCUUUUUAAUUAUAUUGCAUCGAAAUCUGCUGAAUCUCAAUGAUUUCCUCAAGCAAGAGAAUUCAGCAGACACCGUGCCUGGGAUGGUCCUGCCCUUUGAGAUAGACUUCCUGUCGGAUCAUAAGGUCAUCAGGACAGGAGAUGAGAUCCCUGUGGUCAUCACCGCUCCAGAGGAGAGACUGGGAGCUGCCGUCACCGCCAUGAACAGCAUCUACCGCAAUAGCAAAGCCAAUGUAGUAUUCAAUAUAGUGACACUAAACGAGUCGGUGGUCCAUCUUAGAACAUGGUUGAGUAAGACUGACAUGAAACACAAAAUUAUCAUCUUUGAUCCGAAGAUCCUCACAGGAAAGAUUUCGAAUGAUCCUCAGAAGGUGGAGGCAGUGAAGCCGUUGAACUUUGCCAGAUUCUUCUUGCCAGUUUUCUUGCCGGAUACAGAGAAAGUUAUUUACCUGGAUGAUGACGUAAUUGUACAAGGGGACAUUCGGGAGCUUUUCGACACCAGUGUUAAGUUGGGACAUGCGGCAGCUUUCUCAGAGGACUGUGACUCUGCGUCCUCUAAAGGCAUCGUCAGAGGAGCUGGAAAUCAGAACAGCUAUAUUGGUUUUCUGGACUUCAAAAAAGAAGCGAUCAAGAAGCUUGGAAUGAGAGCGAACACUUGCUCAUUUAAUCCUGGAGUCUUUGUGGCCAAUUUAACCGAGUGGAAGCAGCAGAAUAUCACCAGCCAGCUUGAGUUCUGGAUGGAGCGCAAUGCCAAGGAGGACCUUUACAGUAAGACUUUAGCAGACAGCAUCACAACGCCGCCUAUGCUUAUUGUAUUCUACAAGCACCACUCGGACAUUGAUCCAAUGUGGCACGUCCGACACCUCGGGGUGACAGGAGCUGGGAAUCGGUAUUCACCUCAGUUUGUGAAGGCUGCCAAACUUCUCCAUUGGAACGGACAUUAUAAGCCAUGGGGAAGAGCCUCCUCUUUUUCUGACAUUUGGGACAAAUGGUACAUUCCAGAUCCCACAGGUAAAUUCCACCCAAUCCGGAGACCCGCUGAGGAAAAAUAAACCCUGGUUUGGGCUACAUGAAAAAAGAAGGGGGAGGGGGGGUGGACUCUGAGGCAGAUAUUUGACUUUGUUUGGGGAUGUUUAAAGGAUGUCUGGAUGCAAAAUAUGGGGCCUUCAUGAAAUCUAAGAGUACCCAAGUAACUGGGACCAACAUUGGAACAGAACAACAGCCAAUUUGCAACAUUCGACACCAAUGCACUACCUCAG